CAGAUUUUAAAUCUAUUGUUUCUUGUUUCAUAAUUUAAUCUUACAUAUCAAAGUGAAAGGUACUUUGUAGUCCCCACCCUUCCUACCAGGUAUUCAAGGCUGCAGGUAAUAAUUUCUUGACCCAACCUGUCCUUAGAAGGGCAAAACGAAAUAAGUGUUUAGAACAUAACAAAUAUAACAACAAUUUAAGGAAAGGUUAAAAGUACCUUAAUAAGUCCAUUGCAUUAUAAAAUUGUAGAGCAAAAAAAGUUUUAUAAUAUACAGUAUGGAUAAUACAAGUUGCAAAAACAUGUCAAUAAAGUCACAAUGUAAAUAUAAUGAUCAAAUUUGUACUGCAGAGGAUACAGCAAAUGAUAAUGAACAUGACUGGUGGGCAAGUGAUAGUGGAUCAUGCACUGGAUCAUAUUAUUCAGAUACGGAUAGUUCUGCAGCAGAAUGGGAAUCUGAAAUUAGUCAUACUGGAGAAUUAUUUUACAUAGAAUCUGCAGCAGAAAGUAUAGCUGAUGGUCAAUCAUUGUAUAAUGAAACAGAACAUGAUUGUCAACCAGAAUUAACAAGACGUCGUAGUACCAGAGCUGGGAAGCUUAUGAGGCUCAUAAGACGAAAAGAAAGCAAAAGAUGGAGCAUGAGAAACAAGAAAAAUUAUUCCAAUGCUACAUCUAAUAAUCUAAUGAAUUCUGGAAAAGAAGGAAGUACAACUAAGGAAGUAACAUUCAGGGAUUUUCAAGCUGGUGAAAUUCGGGAAGUUACAUUAUGGGUUGAUCCAGAUAGAAGGCAUAAGUUAGGAAGACGAGCAACAUUAUGCGAGGCAUAUUUUGGAAUUACACCAGGUGUAUUCUCUGAUAAAACACGGGUUAUGGUGGCUGGAUUUAUCCCAGAUGGAGAAGCAAUGAAAAAUAAGAAUAUUAAAAUUGGUGACUGGCUGAGAAGUAUAAAUUCAACCAAUGUUACAUAUCAAAAUUUAGAUCACAUAUUAUCGGAAGUAACUGUUGCAACAAAUAUAACAUUGGAGCUACAAAGAGUUGCAGGUAUCGAUGUGACAGAAAAAUUGCCUGGAUUAAACAGUCCUAAGCAAUCUGUAUUGGUACAAAAACUAAUGAACAAAGAAGAAAGUAAAGACCUAAUGGAAUCAAUAUUAAACUAUCCACUUGGUGUUCUAUACCUACAUACAACAGAAAUUUCUGAAAUGGGAUCAGAAUUGCAAGGCGUGCUUUAUACAUUUCCCCGAUCAGAAAAUAAAAAUGCUCAAUCUAUUUUGUGCACAGCAAGAGGAGCUUUUAUAACUCUUAAUCAUUUAUUACCAGGAAUAACAGGAUUACAACCUACUAGUACCACUAUACAGGUAGCAAAUGAAGAAGUUCAUAUUGUAUAUGUGCCCCGAAAUGAAGAACUACUCUUAAUAGCAUUACCAAAAAAAUGUUGCAGUCUUGAAGAAGCUGUCAGCUUAACACUUGAUAUAGUCAGAACACUGGAAUUUGUAUACCAGUCGUUAGCAAACUGUUUUACACCUCUUGAAAAUCAUUUUUCUUUAGAUCAUUUUUUUAUUUUACUCUUUGAACAAUUACUAGAUCUAAAAAAUUAUGCAAAUAACAUAGGAUUACCUGAUUGUUCUAUGAAAAUUCAUAAUGAUAUUGAAAGUAUGGAAAAUUACAAACUUAGAAGCACUUUUUCAGUUGCAAAUUUUAUUGAAUUAUCAAGAGAUGCACAAAUUCAAAUUGAUGCUGCUUUAAGUGAAAUGGAAGCUAUGGAUUAUAGGGAUUGGAAUGAAGAUCCCAUGGACUGCCAACGGCUAUACACAAUUUUAGGUAGCUGCAUCUAUCAUAAACAUUAUCUUCUUGGUUCUCAUUUAACGCAUAGCGAUUUGAUCGAAGUUGACGCUUACCUUCGACAUAAUUGCCUUUUAAAUUUGGUAACAAGUGAACCUGUAAAUAAUCUUGUUAUUUGGAAAAAAGUUUAUCCUUCAUCGUGUAAUCGUGGAAAUUUAGAUAACAGUAAAAACAUUCAACCAUUAGUUCCUAAUGGAAAAUGGUUUUUACUUGUUGUUGGAUAUGGACAUGACUUAUUAGCAGUUCUUUUAGAGUCUGGCGGAUGUACUGCAAAAUGCAAUGAAUCGAAUGGGCCAGAUGUAUUCUAUGUGGAAGAAGCUCAAGAAACUCUAAAACAUAUACAAAAAAUAGGAGUGACAACAUUAGCAGCCAAAUGGAUUGCAUCUAACACAAGACCAGAAGUAAUACCUAAUGAGGAUCAUGCAUCUGCAAAACCAUCAUCUAGUAUCACAGAAAACUUUUUAGGUCUUAUAAAAUCAACUGAUGUGCAAAGUUCACCCACAAAAUCACCCCUUGCUUUAACUUCUGGUAAAAAAGCUCAAGAAAUACCGUCUAUUUUAAAGAAACGUUGUACAGAAGAGAGUCCAAUGGUUUUAGGAUCUGUGUAUUCUUUACAUACAUCAGAGGAUUCAUUAAGUCAAGGGACAGGUGGAAUUAGUGAAAUAAGUGACGAAGCCGUUCCUAUAUUAGGAAGGCGAGCAACGAGAGAAAAAAUUUCAAGUGGGUCAAAAUAUUCUGAUGACAGCGACUCUGACAUUGACAUAUAUAAGAAUGACUGUCGAAUGUUAAGUAUGGAUAUAUCGAAUAUACGAGAAAAUCUGUUAAACCAAGCUGAAUACUUAACACCGAAAAUAUUGACCACAGGCGAAAAAAAUUAUUUGUACCACUAUGUACAUUUAGAUAUGACUGAAGGUAUUCUUUUAUCAUCAAAACCAUUAGAAAGUCCAGAAAAGGAUCAUACGAUUAUAGUUAAUUUUAAUAAAUGUGUUCAUAUCAUACAUAGACUUUUGCAUAAUACAGUAAGAUUUAAAAAAAUGUUAAAUUCAGAUAUGGAUAAAACCGUAAUUAAUAAGAGCUUAAUUGCUGUUAAAGAACACGGCGUGCUAUUUGAAUGGGAUAACGUUUCUUAUUGGGUUGUUGGACGUCUCUAUACAACUCCUCAUACAAAGGAGUUAUAUGUAUGUUACCAAGAUUCAGCACCACAAAAUUUAAUUGAAAUAGCAUUCAAAUUGCAUUCAUUGCACACAUUACAUUAAAUCUGUUUAUAUUGCACAUAAAAUCAUUGAUUUUAUUUAUCAUACAUAUAUAAUUUACAUACUUUAAAAAAUCUUUCUUUGGAAACAUACAUUCAUAGCAUAUAACUUCCUUUUUAAAUAUUAUGUUAGUAAAUUAUUUAUAUUUCUCAUAUACAAGUUUAUAUAAAAUGGCAUUUUUACUUACAGUAUAAUAUCUUACUCAUGCUUAUAAUUUACAUCUUGUUAUAUUUUUAAUGUGCAAUGUACCACCAGAAUACAACAUCUAAAAGCUCUCUUUGAUUUUAAUGAUGUAAGAUAAGACAUAAUUUGAGUAUUUUUGAAAAUGUAAUAAUCAUAUAUUCAAAUUCUGGUGAAACAUACUAUUUAGGACAAUGAACAAUAUUUAAACAUUAAAAAUCAAAAACAAAUAUAGAAUUAAAUAACUGUUCACUUAUAACUUUGUUAAUACCUAGAAAUAUUUUUUUACUGUAUGAAUGCAGCAUAAUUCAUAUUUUUAA